AUGAGUGACUCGUGCGAUAUCUCUCCAGGCAGGGAGUUUUCCAACAAAUAUGUCAACGACAAUCCACCUACUGCCGAAGCCCUAAAGGCUGCUGACGCAAUUGAACUGUAUGAUGGUGAGGGCAAAAAGCACACCUUCAAAAGUAUUUAUAACAGACCGGACCUGCCUCGAAGGGUUCUUGUUGUUUUUGUUCGUCACUUCUACUGCUGCUCAUGCGUAAACUACACUAGCUUCCUUGCUGAGAAUGCGACACCGGAAAAGCUGAAGAGCCUCGACACGGCUAUUGUGAUAGUGGGCCAUGGCGAUGUCAAACAGGUCGACAUGUAUCGUCUCGACACGGGCUGGCAGUAUCCCAUCUACACAGACCCUUCCGAGAAACUAUACAGUACUCUGGGGAUGAUUAAAACUUGGAAGGAAGGGCCACCGAACAAGUAUAUGCCUUGGACUACCACCUGGGCCGUUUACUGGUCCAUCAAGACUGCGAUUUGGAGAUUCAUGCAAGGAUAUCCUGUAUUCUCGUCUGGAGCACCCAACUUGCAGGGUGGAGAGUUCUUGUUUGAGGGAGAGGGGGAGGACAAGAAAGUGACUUGGUGCCAUCGCAUGAGAAACGCAAGAGAUCACGCUGAUACUGAUGAGGUUACGGAGGUUCUUGGGCUGAACAAGGUUUGA